AUGACUCUCCAAGAUAUUCAUAUCUUUGAUUCUUCACAGGAUCCACCACCAACAACACCAUUUUCACAUUUAAUACCCAAUCAAACCAUAGCAGUACUCUCUGAAUUUCAAUUAGUCUCUGGUCUCAUCUUAAAAGAGGUGCCAGUAGCAUACCAAACCUGGGGAAAAUUAAAUGAAACUAAAUCAAAUUGUAUGAUCAUCUGUCAUGCCUUAACAGGUUCAGCUGAUGUAGAAGAUUGGUGGGGACCUUUGAUGGGUGCAGGUCUUGCGUUUGAUCCGACUCGAUACUUUAUCUUUUGUGCCAACGUCUUGGGUUCACCUUAUGGAACCGCUUCACCUGUGACCAUCAAUCCUCUGAGCGGGAUGCGUUGGGGUCCUGAAUUUCCUUCGACUUCUCCACGUGAUGAUGUUCGACUUCAGAAAUUGAUUUUAGAUCAUUUAGGUGUUCAAUCGAUUGCAGUCGUCAUCGGUGGUAGUAUGGGAGGAAUGCAAUGUCUCGAAUGGCCUCUGAUGACACCUAAAGGUUAUGUUCGUAACAUAGUCCCGAUAGCUACCUGUGCUCGUCAUUCGGCUUGGGGUAUCAGUUGGGGAGAAGCUCAAAGACAAUCGAUUUAUUCCGAUCCGAAAUAUCAAGAUGGUUAUUAUGAUCAAAAGGAUGGUCCGGUCACCGGUUUAGCGGCUGCUAGGAUGGCUGCCUUACUGACUUAUAGAUCUAGAGAUAGUUUUGAAACUAGAUUCGGUCGACGUCAAAUGAAUUCGAGUCCAACUUUAACCAAUCAAGAUGAUGAUGAUCAAAUCAAAUUAGCUACCCUUAAAGCAGUUGCAGCUCAUAAUGAUGGACAUCGAUCCCCAUCACAAACCGAACUUGAUAAACCAACUCAAACACUCAACCAAAAGGUUCUCAAUCAAAGCUCUUGUACAUUUUCAGCUCAAUCUUAUUUAAGAUACCAAGGAACCAAAUUCGUCAAUCGAUUUGAUGCUAAUUGUUAUAUUCAUUUAACUAGAAAGAUGGAUAGCCAUGAUGUCGAUUUCGGUCGAGAAAACUUAAUUGAACAGACCGGUGGAUUAGAACAAAUACCUGAAGGAACUUUGGUGGUCGCGAUCGAUUCGGAUGGAUUGUUUAUGUUAAGUGAACAACGUGAGAUGGUCAAAGCUAUGCCUAAUGCUAGAUUAGUAGUUGUUGAAAGUCAAGAUGGUCAUGAUGGAUUCUUACUUGAAUUUGAACAAAUCAAUCGUCAUGUACUUUCACAUUUACAUGAAAGAUUAAGUGAAAUUUAUGAACAAGAACUUCAUGAAGAUCAAUUAAAUCAAUCUAAUCAAGUGAAAAAAGAAAGUUUGUUUGGUGAAAUUGAAGAACCUAUUACAGAUUGGUAA